GCAUCCACCUCGGCAUCGCAAACAUCGAACGCCCACAACAAGCCGCCAUCAUCAUCGACAAAGGACAACAAGCUACCAUACAUGGGCCUCCGGACAAUGGACAUCCACACCCCCACCAUCCCCUCCUCCACCGACGGCAAUGAAGCCAUCUCCCCAGCGGACCCCCCCAAAACCCUAGAGUCCUCCAAAGCCUCUCUAAUGGCACUAAUGUCCCGCCGCGACGCGCUAGAAGCGGAACUAAAGGCUCUCGGAAGUGUCCUAGACUCCCACGGCGUAACGAUGACCACCCCCUUGACUACGUUCGAUGGCUACCCCAGGGAUGACAUCGACGUUGCACAGAUCCGCCUCACCCGUGCUCGCAUCAUUCCCCUACGGAACGACUAUAAAGCGCUUACGGCUGAGAUCGAGAGGGGGUUGCAUGGGUUGCAUGCGCUUUCUGCCUCUCUUCCCGAUGCUCCCGGAAUAAUCGAGGCGCCGUUUGCUAGGGUUAAUACCGUCGAGCCCGCCGGUCCCGCGGGCGUCGCCGGGGUCAGGGUCGGUGAUCUGGUUAAGAGGUUUGGUUGUGUCGGGGCUCUGGAUGGAACUUCCGGAGGAGGUGGGCAGGAUGCUUUGGGGAGGGUUUCUGGGGAGGUUAAGAAGUUUGAGGGGAGAGUUCUAAAAGUCCUCGUCUCCCGCCGUGACAACGACGGCGUCUGGCAGAAUGUCAACUUGGAGAUCACGCCUCGAGCUGGUUGGGGUGGGAGGGGACUGCUUGGCUGCCACCUCUUGCCAGUUUAGUCCGUUCAUAUCAUGUCCUAUGCUUUGAAAUUGUCAUCGCACUGUACUUUCGGCUUCACCGAUACGUCAGCUUACCACCCCCACUCCCAUCUGACCAAAAAUCGAUGAGCCAGUACCCGAUACUCUAAACCAUA